GGCCACGGACGUCGUCGCAGUUGCCGCCGAGAUCUUUGCAGCCUUUCGCGAUCGCGAUUUGAGUCCGCUGCGCUUGGUGACGAGCGGCGAACGCCUCCAGCUCUACGUAGCCGUGACGUCGGCUUCGGUUUUCCCCGCGAUCGCCGCCGCGCUCCUCGCAUCGUCGGACCCGCAGCUCGUCUGCCUCUUCCUCGAGACGUACUUGACGCUGCAGUCGGACGUGGCACUUUCGACCGCCAGCACCUGGAUCCACGGAACCUUGACCAAGUUUGGUUGGGAACGUCUGCUAUCGCCAUUGCUCUCGCUGCUCGAUCGCUGGAGUCCGACGCACCUCGCACAAGCCUUUCAGCUCGUCGCCAGUCUUGCUGGCGUAGACCCGACGCCGGUCUGCGCCCGGCUUCACUCGCCCUUCCUCGGCGAGCUCGUGCGCGCUUGCUACGAGGCCUUGCACGCGCAGCUCACGCAGCGUCUGCGCGCACCGAUCACAGCGUACGCAGAGGCGACGUCGCUGUUGACGCGGAGCCUCCUGCUGGAACAGUACGUUCACGUCACGAGGUUCGAGGUCGUGGCAGGGACUUGGCUCUACGACCGGCUACCGACGGCGCUGCUGCAUGAGAUUGCUGCAUAUGGCGCAACCGACGCGUGCACGAUUGUGACGCUGGUGGCACAGCACCCGACGUCGUUUCCGCCGAUCGCAGUCGUGGCACCGGCCGGGUGGGCCGUGCGCAACGUCAAUCUCAAUCUCGGGUCGCUUUUGCCCGAUGUGGCGCGCAGCGGACCGCCCGCAGCGUUCGACAAUGCCGCGUGGGGCAGCGUCCUGCUCGUGGACGUCAUGACGGCUACGCUUUUGACCGCGCGAUGCGACGCGGUGGGAUGGAGUCCGGCCUUUCUUGAGGCGUGCUACGUCCACGCCGGCCUCGCGCUGCUGCCCGCGCUUGUCGCUGCGCUAUCGACGCAUCCAUCGCUAAGCGCAGAGGCGACUGUCGUAGCGAUCCUUCAGCGCGCGCCCGAGGUCCUUCGCAGCAACACACCGUCCGACACCAUCGGGCACCUCGCGCGGUACUACGCACAGCACGGUCGACCACAAGUCACGCCGCAGCGUCCACCAUCGAUGAGCGACGUCCAGCUGUAUCUGCUGCUGACGGUCCUCGAGGCAGUGACGUCGACGGACCAGAUUGACAUAUUGGUGGCCGGUGUGCUGCACGAGCUGGACGGCGCGCCGUGGGCCAUUCACGCGUCCCGUGCAGUGAUCUACCGCCUCUUCGCAUCGUUUUCGCAUCUUCUGCCGCCGCCUGCCCGGCUUCGCCUUGUCAACGCGUGCUUGGAAAACCACGUCACCGCGCUUCUAGUGCCGAGACGGGGGCUGGCCAUGGACGACCUCUACGUGGGGUGCGACUGCGUCGCGUGUACGAGGCUGCACCGUGAGCUCCUCACGUCCGACAUGCGCUGCCUCCUCACCAUGCAAGGAGUGGUCCCGCGCUGCCUACGUCAGCUUGUGCAUGAGCACAGCGACCGUCUGGUUCUCGAGCACGAGUGUGCGACCGGCUACCGCGUCCGCAAGACGCCGCUGAGCUUGGUGCAAACGACCAAUGGCCCCGACGGCGACCUGCGCCGCGUGAUGGCGCUCCGAGAGUGGAAGACAUUGACGCUGCAACCGCCGGUGAAGCGGCGCUGGUUCUGGCUCUUCUGACGACGGGCUGCAUCGUUGGUCGACCAGAGAUUGGAGUUUCUUCGAGUUGUGAGCACGAACCCGUCGUCCACUUAUUGUUAGUUAAUCAGUUAUAAAGUGUUAUGUAGUACUCGUCA